AAUAUGUUUCUUUUUGUGUUGAGUAUUCCACUUAACUUUAUUUUGCUGAAUCACUUGUGUCUCUUAGUCAACAUAUUAUUUAGACAAAUGUCGUUGUAUUUCUCAAAUUUGUUAAAUGGUAAUUUUUUUAUACCGUUGACAAAUACUCGUCUCUCAAUGAGAACACAAUAUAUCCGACACAUUACCAUGUAUUGGAAUCACUAAUUGAAUAUUGACCGUUUUACCUUGUUUAGAAGUAUGUCACAAACAAGUAUUUGUUGCAUGAAUAUGUCAUUGAUAUCUGCAUUAAAAGUAGCUAUGAACUUGUGGUCAAACCAUGGAAACUUUUUUUCGCUUUUGGAGUCUGAGAUAAUGUAAUAGAUUGGUUGAUAUCUUAUCUUGAAAAUGAGCAUCCAAGAAUCUGUAGAUGGUCGGUCAAGUUAUUUGGAAGAUAACAUCAUUGAAUUGGAAAAAAUGUUGAAAGAAGAAAGGAACGUGUCAGAAGAAAAGGAGAAUAUGUUGAAACGAGAAAACAAAAGAUUAGAAGAAAAAGAAAGAGCCUUGGAAGAAAAAAAGAAACAAUUGGAUGAAAACAGGAAGCAAUUGGAUGAAAAUAAGAAACAAUUGGAUGGAAGAGAGAAACGAGUGGUUGAAAAAGAGAAACGAAUGAAUGAAAGAGAGAAACGAAUGGAUGAAAGGGAAAAACGAAUGGAUAAAAGGGAGAAACGAAUAGAUGAAAGAGAGAAACGAUUUGAUGAAAGAGAGAAACGAUUUGAUGAAAGAGAGAAACGAUUUGAUGAAAGAGAAAACGAAUGGAUGAAAGAGAGAAACGAUUUGAUGAAAGAGAAAAACGAAUGGAUGAAAAAGAGAAACGAACAGAUGAAAAAAAGAAACAAAUGGAUGAAAACGACAAACGAAUGGAUGAUAGAGAGAAACAAAUGGAUGAAAAAGAGAAACAAUCCGAUGAAAAAGUAAAACGAUUGAAUGAAGAGGUUAAGCAACUAAACAAAAAACUAAAUGAAUCGAAAGGAAAGGAUAAGACAAAAGGCAACAUUCUGGAAAAACCUAACAAUGUAUUCAAAGGAAAAGAAAAUGAAU